ACAAAGUAUCAUCUGUUACAUUAAUUAUGAUAAGAAAUACAAAAGAUAUUUUACCUUCAUUUAUUUCUUUUCUGAUCCUCCACCUUCAUCAUUUAUAUUCUUUCUGAUGAAAUUUUGAAUGUUUCUUUCAGAGUAGGUGUACGCAUGACAAAUUCUCUUAAUUUUUGUCUCAGAAGGUUCUUAUUUUGCCUUUGUUUUUGAAAGAUAAUUUUGCCUAACAGAAUUCUAGGAGAGUAUUCUUUUCUUUCACAACUUGAAAUAUUUCACUCCACUCUCUUCUUGCUUGCAUGGUUUCUGAAAAGAAGUGCAAUUCAAUUCUAAUCUUUGUUUCUCUACACCUAAGGUGUUUUCCCCUCUGGCUUCUUUCAAUGCAUUCUCUGUCUUUGAUUUUUCUCUAGGUUGAAUGUGAUAUCCUGGGUGUGCACAUUUGUAGUUUAUCAUGUUUAGUGUUCUCUGAGCUUUCUGGAUGUGCACUGUGCUGGCCAUCAUUAAUUUUACGUUAUUUUGAUCUUAUUACUUCACUUGGUUCUUCUGUUUCUUUCUGUCUGUCUUUUCCUUCAGGUAUCCCAUGAUGUGUUUCUGUUUAAAGAAGGUUCUCCAAGGGUUCAGAGAUAUUGUGUUCUGUCUUUUUUGUCUUUGCAUUAGACUCUGGUGAAAUAGAUUUUUGGGGGCUACAGGCCAUGUUAAGAACAGAAUAUGUGGGGCAUGUUUCAAAAUGCUAUGUUUAUUUUCUCUUUUCAAAUUUUGAAGACACCGAGUUGCUCUGUGACCUAAAUGCUCUCAUGGAUCUAAGAGGAGAUGUUCAUUUCAAGUUUUUUUCACUUUUUUUCUUGUGAGAUCAGGAAUGACAGCUUAUAAGUUACUUAUAUACCAGACCAGAAACCAGAAGUUUCUGACUCCAAUUUUUGAUGAUUGACUGCUGACAGCUUUGGAGCUUCAUUCCUCCUUCCCAUGGGACCCACAUCAAUCCAAGGUCACCUGGACUCUCAUGUUUGGUGAGAGAAUAGAAGAAAAACCUUCCAGUUUCUCACUACGUUAUUUCUUACAAUCUCAUGCAGAUUUGACCUUCUGCCUCAUGGAGUGCUUUAACUGGAGUCAGUGGUCAUUGAGGACGUGGCUGUGAACUUCACCCCAGAGGAGUGGACUUUACUGGAUCCCUCACAGAAGAAACUCUACAGAGAUGUGAUGCGAGAAACCUUCAGGAACCUGGCCUCAGUAGGAAAAAAAUGGGAAGAUCGUGACAUUGAAGAUUCAGAUGAAAAUCGGAGGAGAAUACUAAAAAGUUAUACAGUAGAGAGAGUCUGUGAAAGUGAAGAGGGUAGUCAAUGUGGAGAAAAUUUCAGCCUUAUUCCAAAGCUCAAUCUGAACAAGAAAACUCUUACUGGAGUAAAACCAUGUGAAUGCAGUGUGUGUGGAAAAAUCUUCAUGAGUCAUUCAUCCCUUAGUAGGCACAUUAGAUGUCAUACUGGUUACAAACCAUAUGAGUAUCAAAAAUAUGGAGAGAAACCAUAUAAAUGUAAGGAAUGUGGGAAAGCCUUCAGUUAUUUCCAAUAUUUUAAAAAGCAUGAAAGAAAUCACAAUAGAGAGAAAACCUAUAAAUGUAGGGAAUGUAGGAAAGUCUUUAUGUGGCUCACGACUCUUCGAAGACACAUGAUAACAGCACACACUGGAGAUGCUCCCUAUACCUGUAAGGAAUGUGGGAAAGCCUUCAUUUGUUCAAGUUCACUUAGAAUACAUGAAAGAAUUCAUACUGGAGAGAAACCCUAUCAAUGUAAACAAUGUGGAAAAGCCUAUAGAUAUCACCAAACUUUUCAAAUGCAUGAAAGGACUCACACAGGAGAGAAACCCUAUGAAUGUAAAAAAUGUGGUAAAGCCUUCAAUUAUCCCAGUUCUCUUCGAAACCAUGAAAGAACUCACACUCGGGAGAAACCUUAUGAGUGUGGGAAAGCCUGUACUGCUCUCUCAAACCUUCAAGUACACAUGAUCACUCACGCUGGAGACGGACCUUAUAAAUGUAAGGAAUGUGGGAAAACUUUCAUUUCUCCCAGUUCAUUUCAAUUACAUGAAAGGAGUCACACAGGAGAGAAACCCUAUGAAUGUAAGCGAUGUGGUAAAACCUUUAGAUAUUACCCUUCCUUCCAAAAACAUGAAAGAAGUCAUACUGGAGAGAAACCCUAUGAAUGUAAGGAAUGUGGGAAAGCCUUUAUUUGUCACAGAAACUUUCGAAGACACAUGAGAAUGCAUACUGGAGAGACACCAUAUAAAUGUGAAAAAUGUGGGAAAGCCUUCAAUCAUCGCAGUUACUUCCGAAGGCAUGAAAGGACUCACUGGAUAAAACCUCUUGAAUAUAAGCAGGGUAGGAAAGACUUCAGUUAACCCACAUCCUUACAUGUGAAAACUCCCAUGGAAAAGAAAUGAAAAUAUAAGUAACUUGAGAAAGCUUGAUGGAAAUUAAUCCAUGUGUAAUGUUCCAGAAAACUCUGAACAUGAAAGACUUCCUAUAAAGUCUUUUAAAUAUAAACUUAUAAAUAAAUUGUGUUUUCUAAGCCUCUUUCUCAAAGUGCACCAUUGAACUGUGGAUUUCUACUACUUUCAGAAAUGAAUAGUGAGGUGAGAUAAUUCUGCAAAUUGUUUUUCAACAAUACUACAAAAGAUUAAUAAGUAGUGCCUUUUCCUUAAAUUGGUUAAUACUUUUCCCUUUCUUCUUUGAAGCCUUUUGGAUCUAUGGGUGAAUUGAAGUGUAUUUCUAACAUACAAUUAAAUUUAAUAUUUUUAUAAUGUUUUAUUUGUUCUGUAUUAAGGAGCCAUUGAAAAAUGAGAGUUUGGUAUUUGUUGGGAUUUUCCUACUGGCCUGUGAUAGUUCCUGGAUAUCCCUAAUUCAUUAUAUACAUUCUACCUUUCUUACUGAGAAAGCUCCUUUUUUGGGAUAAAGGUUAUAAAUACCUUUUUUUCAUUUUCUAUACUAAUAAAUAGUUAGAAAAAAUUUUUAUGUAUGGCAAGUUUAUGAAACGAGUGUACUUUCAUGUGAAUUAUUCACAUUUGGGCCUUUGCUUUUUGUCCUUCCUUCUGACUGGUAUUGGGUGAAUAGACUUUGAGUUGAGAGAGACCUGAUAGGGCAACAAAAUCUAGAGCUAGCGAUAGUCCCUCUAUGGAUAAUGUUAGGGACUAGAUUUUCCACAAUCCAUCCCCUUUAUGGUUCCAUGUUAGCAUUCACCAGUACCCUCACUUGCAUGCAAUUUAGAAGGUGGAAGCAAACAAGGCAUCUGUCAGAUUUUGGAGCCACCAUAUAGAGAGAUGGAUAUGUGGGAGCUUUGAGGACACACAACAACAAGGGACUGCAUAUAUGAUGGUGGUCCUGUAAGAUUAGUACCAAUCGCUUGGGUGUGUAGUAGGCUUUACCAUCUAGGUUUGUGUAAGUACACUGUGAUGUUUGUGUAAGUACACUGUGAUAUUUCACAACAGUGAAAUAACCUAACAAUGCAUUUCUCAGAACUUAUCCCUGUUGUUACAUGACUCUCUUUUUGUAAGCCCUGCUGUGUCCACCAGGAAGCUUAUUCCGAGUAUUGUGGUUGGGAGUAUUCUCUGAUGCCCCUCUUCUCUAGAUGAUAUCCAUAUAAAGUCUAAUUUGUAUAGGAGACACCUCAUACUGUUAAUAGUGCUAGUGAGCACAUUUUCCUGACUCACCAUGACAUCUACAAUGGGGCAUAAAAAGAAGGUCAUGGGAGUUUGUUUCUCUGCUGCACUGUGCAGUGGCUACCUUGACCCAGUUUUUCCACAUCAGAACAAUCACCUUUCUCAUGUCAGGAAGACCUGUGUUUCCUGUUACUUGUAGCUGAACAUAUUCCCUCAAUACGUUUUCAAUAAUGUUUGAUUGUAUGUCAUUAAAACUACGUGCAUUUCCUUGUGAAAUGAACACUUCUGUAGUUGUUUCAUAGAAAUAAUUUAUUAACUUUUGUAAGCUAUUGUAUGCUUAACAUAUAUUGUUUUU